AUGGAUAUUCAUUAUUGGGGGCUCUCGAUUGGUCACAGCGUGGCGCUUACUUUCGUCAUAUAUUUCGGAUGUACGCUGUCGAUAAUCUGCCUGCUGCUUUGGCUGUUUUCAUUCCAGUGUUUCGGUACAAGUGGUGGCGAUCGAAUUUUUAUGCACAAAAAUUUAUGUUUCUCACUGCUGAUUACUGAAGCGGUCUUUUUGGGUGACAUCUGGCAAAUUAAACAUUCUUUAUGCUGCAACAUAACUGCCGGCAUGUUGCAUUAUUUCUUCCUUGCUGCUUUUGCGUGGAUGUUGCUGGGUUUCGAGCCGCUAUUUCUUCUGUUUGGCUACGGAUUUUCGCUAGCAGUCGUUGCUGCAUCCGUCUGGUUUGAUCGGUUUAGCUACGGUACGAAACGGCAUUGCUGGUUGAGAUCGGACAACUACUUCAUCCUGGCGUUUGCUGGACUGGUGGUGAUUGUAGUACUUUGUAACACUGUCUUCCUGAUGUUGAUGCUGUUCACUGUGUAUAGUCAUUCAUAUAUCGGUUAUACCCCGUGCAAACAAGAUCGUGAAUCGCUCAAGAAUUUUCGGAGUUAG